AUGCCUGAGAAGAGGACAUGCGAGGAACCUCAUGGAACUGUAGAAAUAUGGCGAGGGAAUGUUGUGGGACGAGAGGCAAAGGAGCUAUUUGAGGCUGUCGAGCACCGCUACCCCAACACAUUUCAACGGGUCCAGAUUCGUGUGACAACGUUUUGGUUAGGCAACUUGAAAGAACUCCAUGCAACCAUUAAACGUUUUAUGGGAUUAACCGUGGAUACACUGGCGCAGGAGCAGAUAACCGGUCUAUGGCAAGAUUUUAAAGACUUGGAGGCUUUAGGAUUCGAUCUCUCGUGGGCCCACAAGAGGCUAAACAUGGUUGCUAGGCUCAAGUUUGGAAACGAGCCUUUACAGAAAGAGUUGAUGGCCUUAGAACAUUCGUUAGGGCCGCUGAAGGAGAGAGUUGAUGAGAUAAUGAAGCAGUUAUUGAAAGCUCAUGAUAUGUAUAUGAAGGCACUGUCAGAAUAUGAAGAUGCAACAAAAGCUCGAAACAAGAAAGUGGAGGAGAUGACACGAGUGUUUGGACCUGACUUCGAUCGCGUAUUACAGGAUCGUCUUGGUUAUGGUAUGCUGCCAGGUUACUAA